UUUCUCCGCAAUGGAUAGGUCAGGAUUUAAAAUCACUAAAACAAUGAAGGUGAAUGUAAAUGACGUCAGUGAGGCACCCCUUGAUAUUUUUAUUGGAAACUCAAAGAACACAACGCUGCAGAUUUUCGAAAAUGAAAUCGGUGCAUUAAUUGGAGAGCUUCAUGUAAUCGCCGAGAGCAAAAAUACAGAUUAUAGUAUCAUUAUCACCGAUGAUCCGUCUGGAUUAUUUGAAAUUAAAGACAUGGUUUUGUCAUUGAAAGAAUCAUCAUCUUUGGACUAUGAGGAUAAUGGUUAUUAUGCAAUAAAUCUGAAGGCAAUUGAUAACUCCAACGAUGACCUUUAUAUUUCUAAAACCUUCACGAUAGAAGUUACUGAUGUCAACGAACAGCCUACUGAAUUGAUACUAACAAAUACGAUUGUUAAAUCUUCAGGGAAAAGUGGAGAAACUGUUGGACGUUUCUAUGCAAUCGAUCCUGACAACACAUACCAAACAACACAAAAAUUUGAAUAUAAACUUCAAGAUGGGGAUAGUUAUUUCCAAAUUGUCGGGGAAACGUUGACUAUCAAACAAUCAAACUUCACAGAUAUGGACAAUGUUGACAUCACAGUAACUGUUACAGAUGAUGGUUUUCCACCACUGAGUCGCGAUUUCCGAAUCCUGUUAACAAUCAAACAUGAUAUAGAGCUUCCGUUUAAUUUCGAACUAUUGGGCAAUUAUAUAGACGAGAAUUCUCAUCUUGGAACUACUGUUGGUAGAUUAGGUAUUGUCGGGAGUAAACAUUACAAUAGCAUGACAAAUGUACAUUACAUGGUGCAAGGGAAUGUACCAUUUAGAGUCCAAAAUGACAAGGUUGUAGUUGACGGAAUACUAGAUUAUGAAUUGGUGAAGAUGUAUGAUAUUGAAAUUAUGGCAGUUAACAAAUUAGAUACCUCACUAAAGCUGAGCAAGCAUUUCAAAGUAACAAUCAACGAUGUUAAUGAGAAACCAACUAUUAUCUCAAUAACGAGUCCUGAUAACAGAAAGGAUGUCAUAAUCGAUGAUGACAUGGAAGAUGGAGCCGUUGUAGGACAAAUAGCAUCAGAAGACUCGGAAGAUGGUACAUUGGAAGUUAACAUAGUAAAUGGGUCCCUGUCUAGAAUACUCUACGUUGGCGCAACCGACUGCAUGUCCCUACUAAAUAAGACAAAGAGAACAAGAUGUACAAGUCAGAUCUUCAUCCAAAGAAUGUACAUUUUGCCUAAAUCGACAACGAUGGACUUGGAGGUUGAAGUUCAAGAUCAAGGAGGAGAGACUAGUAGGGGUUCAAUUCAAUGUCAGUUACAACACAUAAAUCACCCACCAACAGACAUAGUUCUCGGGAACGCUGUAUUAAAAGGGAUUCAAGAGAACACUAACGAAAUAGGUAUCAAAAUAACAACCAUCGAUGCUGAUCCUAUGGACCAUCAUAAUUACACCAUCAGCGGAGACACUUUCCAGAUUGAUGGCGGAAUAAUGCGAUUAAACCCUGGAGUGAUAUUAGAUUAUGAAACAAUACAAGAAAUUACCAUAAAUAUUACAUCUCGGGAUGAUGGAUUUCCAAAUAUGUCAUUGGCAA